CUUUGACUUGGGAAUUCAUGUUUGCGUCCUCGUUCAAUGGCAGCCAUGUAUCGUAAAGACUUCCUAGCUCUCAAGUUGCUCAUAUAUUCUGACUUUUGUUCGAGCUGGUCGCUGUCACUCUUUCAUUUGUUGUAUCGUCCACUGCAAAGUUUAGCUAUCUCAUACCUGUCAUGCUCUCGCGAACCGUCUCCUCGGCACUGUCAGUUCAAUCGGAAGUACUUUAUGAUAUUCAAUUGCGUGCUAAAUGAGUGGUACGACUCAGUGCAGCAGCAUGAGUAGCUGCCAGAAGCUUCACAGGAUACUCCGAGUCUCACAUAACCUUGCCGUGCCACUUUUGCUGAUGUAGGUUCUCCCGCUAACUCUAGCCUGAUCAUCCCAGCGUCUAUUGUGCCGAAGAGCCCUCGACACCGUGGAAAUAC